UUGGCUUACUCACCGUGGGAUGUGACGUCACUGAGAAGCGCCGAACUCUAGUUUCCAAAGUUUUUAAUGUGUGGAGUUAUGGGCAGCUGAUAGACGACGAUGGAUGACAUCAAUGUGCUACACCACAGAUGCCUCCUUAAUUUGAGGCGUCGAAUCAGAGACAUCGGGGACGGGCGCCCAGCACAGGAACGAUACAUGAGGUUGCAGAAGGAUGGAGACUCACUCAGUUACCAAGGGAACUCUGAGGAGGUGGGUUGCUAUGUGGCUGGCCAUCCUUUAUCAAAGGGAAACUGCUACUUUGAGGUGACAAUAGUGGACACAGGGGUGAGGGGGACUAUCGCUGUGGGCCUGGUGCCUAAAUUCUACCGGCUGGACCACCAGCCUGGCUGGCUGCCAUAUUCUGUAGCGUACCACGCUGACAACGGCAAGUUAUACAAUGGAAACCCUGUGGGGCAGCAAUUUGGACCAAAGUGUGCUCGCGGUGACCGCAUUGGCUGUGGAAUACACUCAGAAAACAUCGAAGCAGGUUUAACAACAGUCUUUUUCACCAAAAAUGGCAAAGAGGUGGGUUCAGUGGAGGUCCCCGUGUCUGCAGAGGGGCUGUUCCCUGCGGUGGGGAUGCACUCCAUGGGCGAGGAGGUGAAGGUCGACCUGCAGGCCGAGUGGUUCCUGGAGGAAGACGAAAGCAUGAUGAUGGUGGACAGCCAUGAAGAUGACUGGGGACGACUUCAUGACGUCAGGGUGAGCGGCACGCUCUUGGAGUACGUUGGCAAAGGAAAGAGCAUCAUGGACGUGGGUUUGGCUCAGGCCCGCCAGCCACUCACCACCCGCUGCCACUACUAUGAACUGGAGAUUGUUGAUGCAGGGGAGAAGUGCUACAUUGCCCUGGGCCUGGCAAGAAGGGACUACCCCAGGAACAGACAUCCAGGGUGGAGCCGGGGGUCGGUGGCGUACCAUGCUGAUGACGGUAAGAUCUUCCACGGCAGCGGGGUCGGGGACGCCUUUGGCCCCCGAUGCUUUAAAGGGGACAUCAUGGGCUGCGGCAUCAUGUUCCCACGGGACUACAUCCUGGACGGAGAAGGUGACAUGGAGGACUGGCUGGAGAUCCGACAAGGCCGCGCAGGCGUCCAGAACGUUCUGUACCUCAACGACGACAACGACGAGGAUGAAGAGGAGGAGGAAGAGGAAAAUGGAGAAGAAGCAGAUCAGGGACAGGGGGGCAAGAAGGUCACGGUGUUCUUCACCAGGAACGGGAAGCUGAUGGGACGCAGAGAGAUGGCUGUUCCUCCGGGUGGCCUCUACCCGACCGUGGGGAUGCUGAGCAGCGGAGAGAAGGUCAAGGUGGACCUGCACCCGCUCAGUGGAUGAGCUCGGAGCGCCGAGCGGACCCGUGACGCCCUGCAAAACAGCUGGCUGCUCUGUAGAGCUCUGCCCACGGUAGCCUAGCAUGCUGCUAACACUCGCCACUCAGUUCAGCCGCACACAUGCACGUCUUCCUCCGACACUGCCUCGGCUUUAAUUUAUAAGACUUUAACAGAAACACAAGCGGAUCAGAGCGUCCUCCUGGCCGCAAUGUAGCAGAGAAAAAAAGGAUCCCUGCAGAGCGUCGGUUGCAGAAGGUUGUCUUGCAGAUGCUACUUAAAGAUUUAAAAAAAAAAAAAAAAAAACUUCUGGAGGAUAUUUAACGGUUAAUUCUAUGCAAUGUGCACCGCUCUCAUCCUCACUCCUAACCUCCCUGUGCAUGCACUCUGAGCUGUUUAAUCCCUCUCAUGAGGUCUGGCACACUUUUGUUUAUUUCAUUUGUCACCACCCCAAGCAAAGCAGAGCGAGGCCAGGAGUUGUGCCGAGUCAGAGCUCGCUGGUGGUUUUUUGUUUCAGGGAAUACACCCUCUCUCUCUCUCUCUCUCUCGCUCUCUCUCUCUCUCUCUCUCUCUGGGUGAGGCUGCCCUCCUGUGAGCGAUCAGGGACCUGCUGUUGCCCCACCUCUCUCGCUGCUCUCCUGGAGUUCGCUGGAAGUGAACAGUGGGUCUGUUUUGUUUUUUCAUAAAGGCAUCCAGGCUCCAGUUUACUAAAGAGGAUUCUUAACCUCUCGUGUAUAAAAUACUAUCACUGAGAAGAAUCAAACGGUGAACAGAUUCCUGAGUGUUUUAUAGUUUCCUGUUGGAGCCAGACUAUAGAUAAAAAACGCUUCAGGUAUAUUUUCUACAAUCAAACAAAAUAAACGUUCAAAUGUAUCUUGUUGGUCUAAAAGUUCAGGGAAUGUGUUUUGUUUUUGCACUUUGAGAACUCGAGUGUCAUGUGAAAGUGAGAGAUAAACACAUCAGAUAUAUGUAGUAUGCAGUCCAAUAGAACCUCUACAUCAUGAGCCAUUCAAAACAACCACAGAUUUCAAUAUAAACCGGUAGAAGUAACACUUAACAGUGCAAACCUCACACAGAAGGAUCGGUCGCAGAGACAUUGAUUUGGGUUGCGUUAUACCACACAUCAGUUUGACUGUUUAAAUAUUUUUGUUCUUCUUUAAUGUCAAAGUUUUACACCCUGUGCAUAUCCCCCUCCUGGAUAUGAAGGAUCAUCUCCCAUCCUAGUUUUCCUUUCUCCUCCAAAAAAAACUAUAUUUUGCAGGUAGUUUAAAAGAUUCUUAAAAGCCACAAGACUUGAAAAAAAACUGAAAUUAAUAUUCUGCUUUUAUAAUCAGAGGAUGGUUUCCUCUCUGUGAUGCCAUAUGUAAUGUUGAAGUAACUGCUGGAUGUUUUGUUUCUUUGAUGAUGUUCGGUUACAGUGUGAGAUGCAUGUUUAAAAAAUAUAUAACUUCAUUGAUGAGUGUCUGCAGCGUCAUCAGGGGUCUGUAUCACAAAGACACAUUAGUUUGUUCUUAGAGCGCACUCACACUCGGCCCAGUUUGUCCGGUACCGUGCUUAGCCUCCUCAUUCCCCCCGCUGGCCUGCACUCACACUGCUCCAGGACUAACCGGGCCUCAGCACGGUUACCUCUUGUACAUAAAAUCUUAAUACAACACAUGCCAUGGCUUUACGGUACGUGAUCAUUUAGUGCUAAAUGCUCAGUUUACAAGACAGACGGUUUCCAAAAAAAUAAAAAAGGGACACGAGGUUGAGUCAGCAUCCGAGAACAACACAGAGAACAUGACAGAAACUUUACUGACUUUGUGGCUUAUUUUUAAGUCAUUUUAGUCGGAUACAGUCAGAACAUUUCUCGAUAAAGGAAGGCGGGGAUCACUUUGUUUCCACGUUGUGUACCUGUGCUCGUGCAUGAGCUGUACCUCUUCCAUCAGUGCCAGGACCAAAGAAGUGUACUGUGCUUGAGCCUGGAUCUGAGCACUCACACUAGUUAUUAAACUAACUGGACUUUGAGGGUGAAGCGUGCAGAGGCAUGGUACAGAUUGCUUAGUGUGAGUGUGCCCUAAGUCCUUCUACUGGCUUGCCUCGGCCUGACACCUGGCCAAUCAGAUCACUGGGAAUAAGAGCAUCAUUUAGGACUUAAAUGACAGAAAAAUGGUUGAGGAGUACGCUGGUUAUAGAGAUUGGAAUACUGGUCAUUUUAACCGCUUUUCAUACUUUCCUUCAGAUAUUUUUUUAAGCCAAACAAUCAUGCGUUAGAGAGGAAAAUAAUCAGCAGAUUAAUUCAUAAUAAAAUGUUAAAUGACUGAAGUCGUGUAUCUGAUCUCAGUGAAACCUGGGGAUCCAAACACAACAGACUAGUCUUUGUGAUACAGUCUCCAGGAGCUCAAGCAAUCUGCAGAUGAAUGAGAAAUACUGUUUGUGUUAUUGUGUCAGUGGGAGCUGGUUUCCACACAAUAUAUUCUCUGAGUGAUGAUUUAGUUUCCUUUCUGUUUAAAGGGAGUGUCAUCAAUGUUAUUAAUUAAGCUGUUAUCAUCGUAUCGGUUAGUUAACCUCCUACAUUUGUAUUUAAAAACAUCCGCAGCCCUGAUACAUGAAG